AUGGUGUUCGCUCUGCCAUCAUCAGGCCGACCAACGUUCCGCAUAACGCAUGAAUCCAGGAACAAAGGUGUGGCCAGCAUAAAGUUAAGCACAAGUGAGUCAGCAGCCAGCCAAUGUCUGCCUCGGCCGCAAUACCUGCCACUCCCCCCAGACAACCUCCACAACUGCUCGCUGCCGUAUGUCUCUAUGAACAAUGGUGGGCGGUUAGGCAACAAAAUAUGUCAGUACAUGUCUCUUGCCUUACUCAGGAGUGUGUUUGGAAUGCGGGUUGCGAUUCUGGAAAAUAUGAAUAAGAAUUUAAGAGAAAUUUUCCCAAAACUGAGUCUGCCAGUUGAAGACCCGAAGUGCUUUCAUGGAACCACCUCAAAGGAUAAUUUCUCCACCCUCUACAAGAAGCUUUCUGUACAGAACUCUGCCAACGGUAGAGCUCUAGUUGACUCAAAGCUGCCUCCCUAUCCACUGAGUGAAUCUGUUUAUAUUGACGAUAACCCGUGUCCUUGGUACAUAUUACUUCCGCUAAGGGAUCAGCUUCGUCGGGAGUUGGUUUUUCAUGAUACAAUUCUUAACAAAGCUAAACAGCAACUUAAUCAUGCUGUUAAAAGUCUACUCAACAAUGCUACGAAAAAUAUUACCAUAAUCACCGUCCACGUUCGAAGGACAGACUAUUUAAAUUAUAUAAAAGUCAACUAUAAAUUAACACCACUGAAAAAGAAUUAUUUUCAACGUGCAUUUAAAUUCUUCAGGCAUAGAGUAGCGUCUCCGGUGUUCGCAGUGAGCAGUGACGACCCAGAAUGGUGCAAAGACAACAUCAUGGACAAGGAUGUUGUAUUUGUUGGUACCAAAGAUUCUGUGAUGGACAUGGCCUUAAUGUCCCUGGGAGAUCACCACGUGAUAACCUACGGGACCUAUGGCUUCGUCGGCGCCUGCCUUGGUCGUGGCCUCAUCGUCUACCCUGAUAAUAAAGACAGGCCUACUUUUCCCUGUUUAAACUCUACGAUCUUACAAUCGAUAUCCAGGAAUUAGUUCGUACCAUCAACCAGCUAUUUCAUUAGGAACAUAUGCCUUUUAAAUGAAACAUUGAAUCUGUAGUGAUUUCAUGCUAUGCCUUAUCCAGUAAAUAAGUACUUAAAAAUCA